AUGGAUUCUGCUAUGAAAAAACUGUUACAUGCCCAGCAACUGAUGAGAUGGAGAAGACGGGCGAAAGAGUUAGAAAGAAUUAUUUACAACAAUAAACACAGAGAAUUAGCGCUCAGAAAAAGAAAUGCGAGAAUAUUAGAGAGAAUGCAGAGAGCCCAAGUCCAACAAGAACAACAAAGGACUGUGUCGGAUGAAGAACCACACUCAUCAGCCCAUUCACCACCCCAUAAGCCAAAGGCCAUUUCCCAAUAUUAUCAAUGUAAUCCUAACGAUUACCUACGCCUUAACAUACGCCAUCCUUCUCUGGAUUCCGACAUUUGGUACGAGUUUACUCAAUGUGAACAUUUAGACGAGGACGUCAUUUUAGACAAAAUAGAAGCCGUGCAACAAUCCAAGAAGGAUUUUAAACUGGGAGACGGGGCCAUGGAAUUCGACAUGUUUCGGGUCAAGUAUCCGGAAGGGAGUGGUGGAGACAAAACCAAACAUCUGAUGGUCAACAAGGAGAGUUUUAAGAAGGAAAAAAGAAGUAUCGUUCAGAUCGACAAUCCCUGGGAUAAGUUUUGUUUAGCUAGGGCCAUCGUAGUCACCCGGUUAUACAGUGAAAAACCUGAACAUCCAGACCCCGAAUGGGAAAAACGAUGGAAACGCAUGAGGUUAGGAGAUGUAAGAGCUAAUGACCAGAAAAACGAAGCUAUAGCUCUCAUGGAACAAGCCGGGUGUGUUAUCCAUCUGCCUUGUGGACCCGAAGAAUGGGGGAAAUUACAACAAGUGUUAACCCCAUGCUAUCGACUGAAAAUAUUCCAGUUCAAGUCUACCUCCUCUAAACUCACCUUAGAACCCAUUUACAAAGGCUACGGAGAGGGAACUUGUUUGAAUGUUCUGUUGAACGACCAGCAUUACGAUGCCAUCAUAUCUAUGCCUGGUGUGACGGGCAAUCAAUACUAUUGUGAUCAUUGCGACGUGGGCUACAGGAAAAUCACAGACCAUCGUACCCAAUAUCCUCACCGAUGUUCCUUUUGUUUAACAGACACGCCCUGCCCUCCAGACGGGAGCCGCAUUCAAUGUAGCCAGUGCCAGGGAUUUUUUCAGAGCAGAACUUGCUACGAAAACCAUCUGCAGCCUCACAGUAAGAGUACGGCCACCACCGUAUGCAGUUUAAUGGGACGAUGUGACCACUGUCAGAAAUGGAUGCCUAAAAAUUUACUCCCUCAUCAUCAUUGCGGAGGACAGAAACAUUGUAAGAUCUGUAAGAAAACCGUAGACACGGAUCAUCAGUGCUACGUUCAACUCAAGCCCGAGAAAAAGAAAAAGAAAGGCAAAGAGACCUUACAGUGCUACAUCUAUUUCGAUUUCGAAUGA